CAUCCACAUCUACAUCCUGAUUCCUCAGCAGCUUAAAUAUUUUCCUCUUGACCAAAUUGGAAAACUAUUGCGUUUCUUACUUCUACUUCAUAUAUCACACAUUUCCAUGGAUUUUGAUGACUAAUAACUACAUAAUUUAUAUUGUUACAAAGGUCGAAAUCUUCCCUUCAAGGAUAUCCGAUUGCUUUCCUCAGUGAAUCGCUCAUACUACCAAAACUGUCGUCCUUAUCUCUAUGGGGUGAUUUGAUUUCCCUCCUCAAAAUCUACGUGUCAUGGUUGAUCAAUAAUUGAAGAAUCAAAAUUUGAUCUUGCAUUCCAGGUUCUUGAUUUUCAAAACUUCACGGUGAAUGGCAUGAAGAACAUACUCAAACAAAUCAUUCCAAAACAUUCAAUUUACGUUAAAAAGAUCUCUUCCAGAGUUCCUGAAUCAGAGAUACAAAAGUCUGAAGCUUUAUGGGAUAUUAAUCCAUAUGAAGACGAAAAUGGGAUCCAGAGUUUAAGUCCAGAUACAUACUUUUACUCAAAAUCUUAGAAUCUUGUCCACAUCUACUCGAGCUCGAUAUCGAUCUUGAUAUAGAACACUUUAGACCUGCUAGAGUUUCAAGUACACUUGAGGAUCAUAUCCCAAACUUUUCCAUUCAACCAAUAUCACAACUUACUUCACUUACUCAUCUUUCAAUAUCAUCUCCUGUGACGCGAAAUCCUUACACAGAAACUUUCGUAGUAG